UUUUCGUCUUGUCUUGAUUGUUUUUGUGUCAGAUCAGAGACAUUUACGUUCUCUGGUCAGAUGUUAUUGUUAUAUUCUUUAGUUUUGUUUUGACCAACACAUUUUUCAUUCAACAUUUACUAACUACUGCAAAGUCUAGUAGAGAAUUCAAUCGAGCAGGAAGGAAUGAUUGAAUAAAAUGGAAGAUUUUGAGGCGAAGCGUAACGCCUUAUUUGCUUGCUUAGAUAAUGCCAGUAAAGAAUUAACAGGAACUGCUUUAGACCAAACACAAACGGGGACGCCUUCUCUGGAUUUGAUUUAUCGCCGUAAUACAUUUCGUAAGAAAACCGUUUCGCCAGAUAAAAGUUUAUCACGUAUGCGAGGCAAGGAAAGUAUAUUUAAGAAACCCGACAUGCCGAUAUCAAAGUGCUUAAAGCCAAGCAGGGUGCCAGAUUAUAAGAUAAACCCCCAAAAAUGGACAAAAUACUCACUAGCAGAUGUGGACAUUUCAGAUCAUACUAAUACUGCUGCAGCUUUCCAGUUUCUAAAGCAAAUGGACGAACAGCUAGAAAUUAAGACAGCUGUUUCUUCCAAUAUUGACGUUAAAAUUGAAUUUAAGAAGUCAACUAAGAUAAGAAAACAAAUAAGAGAUAUGGAAGAUGGAGAACUUAAGGAUGCUGAGGUAGAUAAACCUAGGCUAAAAGGAUCAAAAGUCAUAAUGCCGGAAUAUGUCGUUGGACACCAAAGGAAAUCAAAGAAGAAAGUUAAAGGGACUUCAGAAUCUAUGAUUCGAGCAGCAGGAACUUUGAAAUUAGCUCACAUAUUAGAAGAUGGAGAAGAUGCCGAAGAAGACCAGGGUUAGAGAAUAUCGUUUUGUUAAAUAAUAAAUCGCUUGCAUUUUAAUAUGUUUAAGGACAGGUCAUGCAGAUCAUUUAAAAUUACUUGUGAGCAAUAAAAUGUAUUUCUAUACAUACACUA